AUGAAAUUCUCACUCCUUGUUACCCUCGUCGCGUAUGUUGCCACUGCUCAGAGCGCCGUCACAUGGACCCUCCAGAAGGCUGCAAAUCCUACAGCCGACCAGACGGAUGCCUACAGUAGGAUCGAAGCCGCAAUGCGCCUUGCUGUCGCCCGCCAUUCCCGCCUCGGAAGCGCUACUAAGAACCUCCGUGUAUACUACACUCCUGGUGUUCCUACAGCAGAGGCAAACUACAAUGGUGACGUCCGUUUCGGCUCCAAUCGCGCUUAUAUGAAUGAGCGGACUGCCCUCCACGAGGUUUCUCACACUUUGGGUAUCGGCCAAACCGCCGCAUUUGAUCGAAAGUGUGCCGCGGGAGACUGGGCGACCGCGUUGCCACUGCUUCGUUCUUGGGAUGGAUCUAGUGCGGUGAUCAACUGUGGAGGCUCGCAUGUUUGGCCAUACGGACUGAAUUACGACAACGAAUGGAGUGAGACAAAUGCCAACCGCCACGUUCAGCUGAUCAAUGCCAUGAUUCGAGAUGGAAUGUAG